UCUGGAAUAUUGAAACUAGGGUUCUGUUGUGUUUUUCAAUUCUCAAAUACAUAUUUUUCUAAGCACAUUGUCUUUAAACUGUCGUUCUCACAUUCGUUUUAGCUUUGUGCUCCUGCUUUCUGAACGUCUACCAGUUUCAGUCAUUUUGCUGUUGUUGUUUUGAACCAUAUUGAAAAGAUAAUUUUUGUGAGUUUUAACAUAUCUAUGAUUAACAAACUAAACUGCUGUUAUCAAGGAUUUUAAAUUGUAAAAUCUAGUUUACGAAUGUGAGUUAUAGUUUACGAGGUCUUUCAUUGCAAAAAUAAAACUGCAGGUUGUUUAAUGUGACAGCAGUGAGGUAAGACCCGCCUCCUACUGCACUCGCGAAUCGCUCGUGUAGGUUUUAAGUCACAUAUCGCAAUGCAUGACGGGAUUAUGGAAGUGACUCAAUAUGGUUGUCGUCUUUUGAAAACAUUCCAUUGCUAAAUGAAUAGUUUGUGUAAAGGAUAGCGUUAAAAGCAACAUCAUCAGUAAUAGACAUGGAGUUAUUUCAAAGGAUAUCCUAUGUUUUAUUUUUAUCAACGUUAUACUAUCCGGGUGGCAGUGUUGACAGGCACAUCUCUCAGAGCCACUGUCGGAGAUUCCUUAGACUUUAGUUGUACAUAUACACUAGAAGGAGAUGAAGUGGUGUACCCAGGACGUGUUUCCUGGGAAAUAAAAAAAGAUUCAGCAGCGACAGGAUUUGAGAGCAUCGCCACAUUUGCACCUCCCAACUCUGGUGGUUCUAAUGCUUUCACAAGUACAGAGUCUGGUCUGAAAUUCAAAGAUAGGUCAGAAUUACCCGAUGUGACAUCUGACGAUAACACAACGUUUAAUGUUGUGAUGAGGGUGAGAAACGUGGAUUGUGCCGAUGAAGACAGCUACAGAUGUAAUGUUAAUUAUGUUAGUUCAACUCAAGGGCCAAGCGUUGUUACUGCAGAGACAUCUCUCACAGUUCAAGCUCCAGCGGAGAAGCCCUAUGCAGUUCCGGUUCCUGUUCCGGAUAAUAUCGAGGAGGGUAUGAACGUAAAGUUCACCUGUACUGCUAAUGUUGGGAAACCACCGGGAAAAAUCAGGUGGUGGCGCUACAGGUCUGGAAUAAUUGCACCACAGCCUAUGGGCGACUCUUCAGAAAACCCACAGGUACAGCCUAAGGUGUGUGUGUACAACGUGACUAGUUCCAUCGAACACAACAUGUCCAGUGAUGAUGACCAGUCGGUGUGGCGGUGUUCCGUAGACAAUGAGCUGUUAACAACUCAGCCUGACCAAAACAAACCUAACCAAGAAUCUCAAAGAGUCAAUGUCUAUUAUAAGGUUAGAGUUCCCACAAUAUGGCUUCGAAAUGCAGGAAAUAAACAGUAUCCUGUUGGUUCUGAUGUGACCUUGAUCUGUGAAGCUGAUGGUAAUCCGCGUCCACGAACCUACCGUGGAGACAGGAACAUCAAUAAGUAUGUGUGGACAUUCCGGGCGGAUCCCAGCGACAAUGCCACGAAAUUAGCAUCUAAUAAUGGCGACCUUCAACUGACCAAUCUGCAGGAGUCGCAAACUGGGAUAUACACGUGUACAGCGUUCAAUGGAUUCAAUGGAAAGUCAUUUAAUGCAUCCCGAGACACCAGUUUACAAAUAGAGCGCCCUCCUGAAACUCCCCAUGAAUCACACCAACUCGUCGCUUUUUAUGCCAGGACGUCAACCUCGGAAAAGGCCCCGAACGGCAACCAUAUUCUGGUAUUUGAUAAUGUCGUCACAAAUGUUGGCAAUGGAUAUAAUGGGUUUGACGAUGUAUUUAUUGUCCCAAGAGAUGGAGUGUACGUAUUUAUUUGGGUCGUACGAUUACAUGAAUCUCAACGUUCCACGCAGCUGAUGAUCAACAACGUUGAAUAUGGGUCCACUCAUUUUCGCGCCAUUAAUGGAGACGAUGGAUCCGUCAGCGGAAACGUUCUUACGCAUGUCAAUAAAGGAGAUGUUGUAUUCAUCCGCGUGUAUACCACUACUAAUGCAUACAGAAACACCCCAAGUAAUGGACACGGAAAAUCUACGUUUUCUGGAUGGCUUCUUCGGUAGAUGUUUUGGUGAAAAUAUCCAUUGAAAACAGAUAUUGGAAGUCACACGCCUGAAAAGACUAAAUCAUUUUUGUUCAUAAUUCUUUCCAUGUACAAAUUAAAAUACAUGUCUAUAUAGCUGCA